AUGUCAGCACCUGUUCCUCAAUUAGUAAAUAUUUCUCAUGCCUUGCAAGCUUCCACUAUCCAGCAAAUUCGUUUGGAUAUGGUAGAUUUUAAUAAAGAUUGCAAACUAUCUUCAGUUCAAUUGGCAAGAAUUGACAAAUAUACCGACUCCUUGCAAGCAGCUUUAAAUCAAUUCACCAGAGACAACUUGCACAUCGAACGGAAAGAUGAGGAUGUGACUGCUGCAGAUGUUCAAUUAUAUUCCGGCUUAAAAUCAAUGUAUUUAGACUAUUUGAACCAAUUAAUAAAACUAAAACAAGACAAACAACACCACUCCGCACCCCCCAUUGCCAAUGAUGUCUCGCUAGACUUCUUCGUUAACCAACUACCCAAAUUUCCUAUCGAGGAAAGAAAAAACUACAUCGAUAACUUAAUCCUGAAUAAAAAUUGUCAUAAUCAAUUAUCUAAAAUGGAUGGGUUGGUGGAUGCUGUUAUUAACCUAUGUGUCUUGGAUAAUUCCGUUAGUGAAAACGUACGAUCUUAUAUGAAACUAUUGGAUACACUGGGUUUCCAAAAGGGUCCAAACAGCACUAAUGCAAAGGCAAAGCUAAAAAAGAAACUAACCAGUUCCAAAGCAAAAGUAAAAGAUUCAGAAAAGGAAAAGGAAAAGGAAAUGGACAAGGACAAGGAUAAGGACAAGGAUAAGUUGAAAGCUAAAGUAAGAACAAAACUAAAACCUUCUCCCCUAUUUAAUAAUGACGGUAAUACUUCAUAUUCAUCAUCGCUACCUUCUGCAUCUGGGUCUUCGGCAAAGAAACUGAAGUCAGGCUUAUUCAAUAAAAGUGAAGCCAAAUCUUCGACGGACGCUGUAACCGCUUCUUCUUCUAAGAAAAAACUAUCAUUUUCUAAAUAUCUGAAUAAAGAUGACACAGAUACCACUAAAUCUGGGACCAAACGGUCACUAGAGUUAGAUUUCAAAGUUAAUCCCGAAGUGCCAACAACAUCUACCAAUAUUGCAUCAUCGCCGUCAUCUUCAUCGUCAUUAACCACAACGGGAGGAUAUCCUGUUUCUUCUGAAGAACCCUUGAAGAAGAAAAUAAAACAGUCAGUACAAGACCCCAAUAUAAGGUCAAUUCUGAGAAAUGGUAAAUCAAAGAAAACACGUGUAAGUAGUAUUAAAUUUUUGGAUGACCCUCGACUAAUAAAAGUUUAUGGUGAUGAUCUACCGAAUCACGGGCUACAAGUUUCGCCAGUACAACUGAAAAAAAUCCUAAAGCCAUUCAAAGAAGGCGAACCAAAGGAAGUUAUACUGUUUGAAGAUAUGUCAAUCAAGCUACAGCCUUUAGAGUUGAAGUUUUUGAAAAGCACAGAUAAUGAAGACUACAUGGAUAUAUCCGAAACUAAAGGUGGACCAAUUCACUGUGAAACCAGAACUCCAUUGAUCUAUAGAAACAACUUCAACCAAUUCAGUUCAGAUUUAAAUAAGAGACCGCCAAGAGAGCCAAUAGAUUUUGAUUUGAAUGGAAACACAAAUUCAAACCCGAUCAUUGCAAAGGCAUUUGGUAAAAAUAGUCUAUUAUUAAGGAAGGACAGAGGCGGUUUACCAUACAAGCAUGUCCCCAUUGUAAAAAGAAAUAAGUACCCUCCAAGACCUGUACGCUAA